AUGAAGCUUCUAAUAUUUUUUCUUGUUCUCAUUGUCACUCUUGUGACUUGUGCCUCUGCUGUUGCUGAUGUUUCUGUGGAGUCUGCGGAAAUCAAAAUUACCCACUGCGGUACCUUCCUGAACUGCCAUGAUAGCAAGGAUUGCAUGAAUCAUGUCUGUCAAUACAUGGGUGGCCAGCCUCCUUCAAGUCUUGACACUCGCGAUGAGACCGCCGUAGCGUGUCACAAUGAUGCCGAUUGUCGCAAUGGAUAUUGUCUUGAGGGUUCCUGUAUCGCAGCUGAUAUGGACAAUGACAACGAUACCAUGAGAAGUGAUAUCGAAAAAUGCAAUCUCGAUCAGGAGUGUCCCAAGGAUCAGAAGUGUAUCUUCGGGGUAUGUAAAUAUGGUCCUGGCCCGCCUGAAGUUCCUCCUUCUAAAUGCGGCAACGGCCCUCCUUGCAAGCAUGGAUGGUGUAAGAACGGCAAAUGUACCGUGUCCAAGUCUUUCAUUGCUCGUGCUUCACGGAUGGACGAUGACAACAUCGAAUGCCAUAAGAGCAAAGAUUGUGGUCAGGGAUCUUGCCUGAACAGCAAGUGUCUCCAUGUAUAA